CCCUAGCCUUUAUUAUAGCGGCGAAGGUCACCUUCUUCUCCUUUCUCUCACCCUCUCUCAGCUCCGAUUCAGAUAUUUUGAAGGGAAAGAAAAAUCUUUCGCCAUGAGCAAGUUGCAAAGUGAUGCCGUGAGGGAAGCAAUCUCCCAAUUAAUGGGGGAUUCUAAGGAGAAGAACCGCAAGUUCACUGAGACCAUUGAGCUUCAAAUUGGGCUGAAGAACUAUGAUCCCCAGAAGGACAAGCGUUUCAGUGGUUCAGUCAAAUUGCCUCACAUUCCACGCCCUAAGAUGAAAGUAUGCAUGCUUGGUGAUGCUCAGCAUGUGGAGGAGGCUGAAAAAAUUGGCAUGGAGUAUAUGGAUGUUGAGGGGUUAAAGAAGCUCAACAAAAACAAGAAGCUGGUGAAGAAGCUUGCAAAGAAGUACCAUGCUUUCUUGGCAUCUGAAGCUGUAAUUAAACAGAUCCCUCGUCUCUUGGGCCCUGGUCUUAACAAGGCAGGCAAGUUCCCAACCUUGGUGACACAUCAGGAGUCCUUGGAGACGAAGGUUAAUGAAACAAAGGCUACUGUAAAAUUUCAGCUUAAGAAGGUCCUCUGUAUGGGUGUUGCUGUUGGUAAUGUUGCCAUGGAGGAAAAGCAGAUCUUCCAGAAUGUUCAAAUGAGCGUGAACUUUCUGGUAUCAUUGCUGAAAAAGAACUGGCAGAAUGUGAGGUGCCUAUAUCUCAAGACAACAAUGGGAAGGCCUAUUCGGGUCUUUUAACUUGGAAUUGUGUCUUUUGUAUUCUUUAUUUAAGCUCUAUAGGUAGACAUUGCACAAUCAGUCUUGUACUCUGCCAUUGUCUAGAACCAUUUUUGUUUCGAUGUCCUCGUGGAUUUCCCUGUUAUUGUUCAAGGCUUAUCACUGGGUAUUUGGAUUUGUUGAGAUUUUUGAUAUCAGUCUCUCUUUGAUUUCAUU